ACAUACGUACAUACAUAUAUAUAUAUAUAUAUUUAUUGGCAUAAUAGAGAACGAGAGAGAUCUCAGAACCCUGUCCUUGCCUUCAAAGGUUGCGUGUGUGUAUUUUCUGGUUCAUCGCCAUGGCCUCCUCGCCUUCUGAUCCCUCCAACCAGCAGGCUGCUGUUAGGAAACAAAACCGAGGGAUCCCCCUCAAGUUCCUGUUUCCCCUGAUUUACGCUCCCGUUCUACCUCUCAUCCGAAUUCAAUUGCGACGUAACCCAGUUCUGCGGGACCGGUUGUUCACUGCUGUGUUGGCUGGGGCAUUCGCCCAUGGAUUCUACUUGGUAACAGAUCUUUAUGAUAUUGAGAGCAAAUGAAGCUGCAAAUGCUGGCUGGAGAAGUCGAUUGGACCAGCAACGCGAUGAGCCACCGGCUUUUCGGGGGAUGGAUUGUUCUUGCUCCUUUUGUUCUGGAGUGAUAACUGUGCAUCCUUUUUUGUUACUUUGUAAACGAAAUAAUUUAAUUGCCCAAAGAAAUAGCUGAUUUUGUCAAAGCCGUAGAACUUUCAUCAAGAGACCUUACUCUCGUGUAUGAAUUGCUGGAUUAAAUUGUCACAGGUAACUAAUACUGGCUAGGUUUGAGGCCAUGAAUGUGCAAUAAGUCAUAUCUUCUUGUAGUUUUGAAACA